CACUGCGCCCUGCUCCGGAAGUGCCUUCUACCAGCUGUCGGCCUUAGCCGUGAAGGCGAAGGAGGACUUCUAGGAAAAAGGAUGACAAAUAAAGAGUGAAGAUGGGAGUCCGUGUCGGCGAAUAACACAGGAUUGGUUUUAUUCAGAAGAAGGCGCGGAGAACAUUUAAAGGAUUUGCGUCUCAAAAUGGAGGAAACGGACCGCGAGGCUGUGGCGACGGCCGUCCAGAGAGUGGCCGGAAUGCUGCAGAGACCCGACCAGCAGGACAAGGUGGAGCAGUACAGGAGGAGAGAGGCUCGCAAGAAGGCCUCGGUGGAGGCCAGACUGAAGGCAGCUAUCCAGUCUCAGCUGGACGGGGUACGAACGGGCCUGUGCCAGCUCCACAACGCCCUGGGGGACGUCAGCGACAUCCAGCAGUCUCUGGCCGACGUCAGCAAGGACUGGAGGCAGAGCAUCAACACCAUCGAGAACCUGCAGGACGUCAAGGACGCGGUGGUGCAGCACAGCCAGCUGGCGGCGGCCGUCGAGAACCUCAAGAACAUUUUUUCAGUGCCAGAGAUUGUGCGGGAUACUCACGAGCUGAUCGAGCAAGGAGAGCUGCUGAAAGCCCACUGUAAACUGAUGGACCUGGAGUUCUCCCGAGAUAACCUGAUGUACGAACAGUACCGCAUCGACAGCAAGAACACGCACGACAUGAACCUCAUCUGCAGCUACUUUGGGGAGACCCAGACCCUCUCGGAGCAGCUGGCCAAACAGCUGUGGAUGGUGGUGGAGCGCUCGCUCGUCACCGUCCGCUGCGACCCCACCAUGCUGGUGUCUGUCGUCCGAAUCAUUGAGCGGGAGGAGAAGAUUGACCGCCGCCUGUUGGAGCGCAAGAAGCAGACCGGCUUCAUCCCUCCAGGCAGACCAAAGAAGUGGAAGGACAAGAUGUUUGAUGUCCUGGAAAAAACGGUGACGACAAAAGUCGAGGCCAGUCAGUCUGACACUAGAGAGUCCAACAAAAUGUGGCUGGUACGCUUCCUGGAGAUCACGCGCAAGUACGUCCUGGAUGACCUCCUCGUCGCCAAGAACCUGAUGGCGCAGUGCUUCCCCCCUGACUAUAGCAUUUUCUACAUUCUGUUCAACCUCUACCACAAGGCCCUGUCGGCACGCAUAGAGGAGCUUAUUUCAGAGGAUCUGGAAGCCAAUGAGAUCGUGUCGCUCCUCACUUGGGUACUCAACACAUAUAAGAGUGAGGAGAUGAUGGGCCACCCAGAGCUGAUGGAAGAAGUCAAUAUCAACAUUAUGGACCCCCUGCUGCCGCAGGACAUCGUAGACAACCUCCUCAGCAAAUAUGUGAAGACCUUCACGUCCAACAUCACCGGCUGGCUGCGCAAAGCCCUGGAAACGGACAAGAAGGACUGGAAUAAAGAGACGGAGCCCGAGGGCGACCAGGACGGCUACUACCAAACCACACUUCCUGCCAUCGUCUUUCAGAUGUUUGAACAAAAUCUCCAAGUGGCCGCCUUCAUCAACGAGCCCUUCAAGCAGGAGGUGCUGCGUCUCUGUCUGAAGCAGAUGAACUCCUUUCUUACCCGGUACAAGGAGGAAGUUAUCUUGUAUAAGGAUGAGCACCUGAAGGACCGCCAGCACCCUCAGUGCUAUGUGCAGUACAUGAUCGCCAUCAUCAACAACUGCCAGACCUUCAGCGAGUCCAUCACCAGCUUAAAGAAAAAAUACUCCAAUACAGAAUCGGACAAAAACGAAGAGGCCAUCAGAGUGACCCUGGAUGCUGUCGCCAGAGACGGGUGUCUGUUCUUACUGGAUGAAGUGUUCAUGGACUUGGAGCAACACCUCCACGAGCUCAUGACCAGGAAGUGGCUGGUGGGAUCCAAUGCAGUGGACACCAUCUGCGUCACUAUAGAGGAUUACUUCAACGACUUUGCAAGGAUUAAAAAGCCCUACAACAAGGAGAUGACCUUUGAAGCCCACCGCAGAGUGGUCAUGGAGUAUAUCCGGGCAAUCAUGGCGAAGAGGAUCACCUUCAAAAAUGCCGAUGAGAGAAAAGAUGGGGCAGAGCGAAUGAUGAAGGACGCAAAGCAGUUCAAGUUCCUCUUCAAGAAGCUCUCGGACGUUGGGAGCAGCGACGCGGACCGGCUGUGUGACGCCAUUUCUGCCAUAGCUGAGGUGUUUAAACUCACGGACCCCUCGUUGCUUUAUCUCGAAGUGUCCACUCUUAUCACCAAGUACCCCGAUAUCAGGGAGGACCACAUCCUGGCAUUACUGGCCAUGCGUGGCGACGCCAGUCGGGAAAUGAAGCAGACGAUCAUCGAGACGCUGAAUCAGCACAAGAGCUCCUCCAUGGCGAGCGUGCAGCCCCUCUUCAGGGACAUCACGGUGCACUCGCAGACGAUUGGGGUGCCCAAACUGCUCAAGUAGGACCAGCAGGGCGGGCCGCGUGUGCCCUCUGGACGGAGACGACUUGGCACACGAUGUCUUCAGACGGAGGUCCCCGAGAGCGCCGACGGUGACACGAGAACGGGGGCUCACGUGGACGUGCUGCACACCUUGGCCUUUUACUGCCCAGACCAGACUGCCCUGGGGGUCCCCAUUCACGUACUUGAUUUGUGGCCGAGCUCUGCUGGCGUCCCGGGACCCUCGGUUGCUGUUUGUGCGUGUCUCACGAUUUCGUGUCGGGAGCCCAGUGAAGUCGCUGAAGGGGACAUCGAGAUUUCAUGGACGUUGGCAUCACGUUGGCAUCUCUUUCACUCUGCAACAUUAAAUGCAGUUUUGCUGGUGGCCA